AUGGACUAUUCGUCGUAUGUUAAAUCCCUCACAAGUCGAUAUGGUCUUAAAGAGUCAUCUGUCGAGGAUACUCAUCGACAGCUUCAGGAGAGGUUGAAUCAAGACAAAAUGAAGCUCCAACAGUUGUUCAAAGAAAAACUGGUUACUCCGAAAAACUCGAAAAAGGCUUCUGCUCACAUAAAGCAACUCAAUGAACAAAUUAAAGACCUUUCUGAAGACAUAGGUGAACUCGACACGUGUUUGCUCAUUUUACGACACAAACUUCCUCAAGAAAUGUUGCGUGCUAUGAGAGAUAAUGCCGCAUCAAAUGAAGAAGCCAUAGCAUCCAUUCAAAAGGCUCUGGACAUUGAAAUCCGCGUAAGAAAUGGAGCUGAGAGGCUUAGUCAGACAUACAAAGACGGGCCUCGAAACUGUCUUGAAUCAGCUAGGAAACAGUUGGAAGUUGCUGAGGCCAAAAUUGGUUUCCUGAGGAAUCAGUUGGCGCGAUUGAAGCAUGCUGGUUCUGAUGAGUCGACUCCACUGUCGCCUAUGCCUUUCAAUGAUGACAAACUUGUGUCACCUACAUUGUCUACCUCGUCGCCAGCUUUUACGGACGUGACUCGCCCUAAUGGCGCCUACACUUUCGGUCUUACUGCACCUCACUCAUGGCAGCAGCAAGUGGCAGAACUGAAAUACCGACUUCGAAUAGAGCGUGCCGUGUAUGAGGGGGCUGGGAAGGUAUUAAACGCCUUCAUGGGACCACAAAAAGGUGCAGAAAAGACAACCAAGCUGAAGAUUUAUGGCAGUUUCCGGGAGCCCAAGGCGGGUAAUAUUCCGGAGCAAAAGGCGCUGGCGUACCGUCGCGUCAGAGAAUACUUCCAAGAGCUCUACUUGCUCCAACUGUCAAUGCAGAAUUUGGUGUCUGUUCCACCAGUACUAGAUAAUCAGGAAGAUAAUCCAGACCUAGCGGCAGCCUUUGCAGAGGCCAUUAAUGAUCCGGAGAUUCAACACCUACUCGAACACCCGGAUAACAGGCCAGGCAGUGUUUCGCUCCCAGGGAGUGAGGGUCACGUGGGAACAAGGAAGCAUUCUAUUUCUUCGUUGGCAUCUCCUGCGAUCAUCGCAGUCACUGGGCUUUUGAAGGUUUGCUGUAUCGGCUGUGAGGGGUUGUUGGACGUCUUCCCGUCUGCACUUUUUUCCCCAGGAGGAGGAGGAUGUGGGAUUGGCUCGCGUGCAAAGCCCGCUCUCAUCGAUUCGCCCUUGGAAUUCUCGGCAAAAUUUGAGGAUAGACCAGGUGAAACUCGGGAACCUUACCUAUCUAUUUACAUGGCGCUUACCAGUACCAACGAAAAGUGGCGCAACCUAGUCACUGGAAUGCUUAAAAAGCACAAGGCAUCGAUCACUGCUCAAUUCGCUACGGGUAGUAGUAGUAGUGGUGAUGGGGCGGAUGUGAGUUGUUUCCUGAAGGUUGACAACAGCGACAAGUCGUGGCACACCUCGUGGCGCUCACCUUCUUCCAAUUGUUGGAACACAGAGUUUUCUUUGAAUGUCUCACAGGCACGUGAGUUAUGGAUUCAGGUCUUCUGGAGGCGUGUCUAUCCUAUUGGCACCGGCUAUGCUAGUCCCGGCGAAAGCAGUUGUACUAGCGGUGGAAACAAUGGCAAGAAUCCUGAUGAUUCUGAUUGGGUCCUUGCUGCUGUGCAGUUUGUGCGUCUGCAAGACUUACUGGAUAGCAAACCAAAACUGCAUCUUCCAAUGCUUCCUCAGGGUUAUGUAACCCUGCAACUCUCCUUCACAGACCCACUGAUGCAAGCACCUCGUGGACUGAGGCGACAACGACGUAUCUCUCGUCACAAGGGUUAG